AUGUUCCGUGCCCUCCGUCCUCUAUCCUACGCCCGCGUUCCGCGCCAAGUGGUGCGCGCGCGCUUCAACUCGUCCUCGUCCUCGUCGUCCAAGGCUGAGGCGUCGCACAGCACAAACCUCCUACUGGUCGUUGCGGCGGGUACGGCGGCCGUCGUGAGCAUCAAGACCGUCAUUGAUAUGCGGGUCAGCCCGACCGCCCCAGACCCGCCCCACGCCCACGUGAAGGAGAUUGACGAGCUGGCCGUCUCGGAAUCCAACGACGAUGUCGCCCACAAGGACAAGGUGUCGGAGGCCGUUGAUGCCGCCAAGGCGUCGGCUAGCGAGGCCCUCCACAAGGCUCAGGAUGCGGCGGGCGAUGUCGUCCACAAAGCCCAGGAUGCGGCGGGCGAUGUCGCCCACAAGGCACAGGAUGCGGCGAGCGAUGUGGUCGAUGCAGCUAAGAGUACUGUUGCGUCGGCUACGUCGCAUGUCAAGGACGCGGCAGAGGACGUCAAGGAUGCCGCGACGGACGCAAAGGCCGCUGCGCUCGAGAAAAUCCGGAAGGCUACCGAACCACUCGCGGGCCUGCCUGGCGCAGACUCUAUUAUUGCCGACCUUAUGGCUGAGGCGGAGAAGGCGAUUCAUGGCCACAACUCGAACAAGUAA